AUGUUUGAUGAAUUAUUAUUAUUAUAUAGAGGAGAAAUUGUAUAUUAUGGACCUUCAUAUAAAUGUAUUUCAUAUUUUUAUAAAUUUGGAUUUAAAUGUCCACCACAAUUUAAUCCCGCAGAUUUUCUUCUUGAUUUAUUAACUAUUACACAACAAUAUAAUUAUAAUAAUUAUAAUUAUAAUAAUUAUAAUAAUAAUAAUUAUUAUUAUAAUAAGGAGGAAGAGGAAGAGGAGGAGGUGGGGGAAGGAGAGGGAGAUGGGGGACAGAAACAGCAAAAAUAUGGGAGACAAUUGCUACAGAUAGAUAGGGGACAACAUGAACAACAAGAACAACAAGAACAAGAACAAGAACAACACGUAACAGGAGAAGAAGGAGAAGGAGAAGGAGGAGAAGGAGGAGAAGGAGGAGAAGAAGAAGGAGGAGGAAGAGGAAGAGGAAGAGGAAGAGGAAGAGGAAGAGGAAGAGGAGGACAGAAACAACAAUCUACCCGUAGUUGUAUGCAUGCAGAAUCACAAUUUAUAUUACCUUCUUGUUGUGAUGAGCAGCAGCAGAUGCAGCAGAUGCAGCAUGAUGAAGGUACUGCAGUAAGAGCAGGAAGAGGAAGAGGAAGAGGAAGAGGAAGAGGAAGAGGAAGAGGAGGGAUAAGGAGAGAGGAGAGUGCAGCACAUAUAUUAAUGGAGGCAGAAGAGACAGAGGAGGAGAGAGGAGAAGAAGAAAAAAAAGGAGACAAUAAAAAGGAGACAAUAGGAGAAAAAGAAGAAGAGAAAGAAGAAGAAGAAAAAGAAGAAGAAGAAGAAGAAGAAGAAGAAGAAGGAAAAGGAGACAAUAAAAAAGAGACAAUAGAUCUAUUAUCUUAUUAUGAAUCUAAUAUGAUUAGGGACACGAUGGUUUACAGAGUUUAG